UUGCUCUUGCAAAGUGUACUCCAGUACCCACAGCCUGUGGGUGAUGGAUUGGACGAGGUGACCCGUCUGCGAAUGGAGGCGUGGGCCAAGCUCCAGGAAGAGGAGAAGAUUCAUCUGGAGCGGGAGAUGGAGCAGCUGGCCCUGAAGCAGGGUGUGUGGGACUGGGGAGACCUGCUCUGCUCUGCCUUGUGGCUCUGGCAGCACUGGGCUGUUGCUGGGCUCCUGCUGCUUCUCUUGGCCUUGUGGUACAUGUGGAGGAAAAGGAGCCUGAGGAGAGACAUGCAUCAAGAUGUAAACGAUCGCGAGAAUGAAAACGAAGCCAGAUUUUUGGAUGUAAUCGAUGAAGGUGCUGGAAAUGAAGAUGGCGAUGUGGGAAAUGAAGGAGAAGAAGAUGAUGAAGAUGAAGACAAUGAUGUGAAUGGGGAGGAAAACAACAAUCAUGAUGGCAAUGUACAGGAAGUCAACAACGCUGGUGCACAUGAAGAAGGUGAUGUUGCAAAUGGAGACGAGGAGCUGGAUGAUGACGAUAGAAUUGGAAGAAUGGUAAUGGAGCGCAUCCAGUGGCCAGUGCAGGACCUGCCUAUAAGAUGCCAGUGGAUAAGUCUCCUCAUGGAGAAUUUUGCAUUUUACUUUCGGCGCGUCUUGUCCGACACCUUCUACCCAGUCCUGCAAGAAGCCAUUGGGGUGGGCAGUGCCUUUGAAGGUUGGAGUCCCCGUGAGGAGGAUGUUGUGUACCAGGUGCUGGUACCCAUGACUCCUCCCCGAGGGCACAGCUUCCACCUGGAGCUGGACACUGCAGGGCAGAGGCGCGUCAGGAACUUCCGCGUGCGUGUGCAGCAGGAGUGCACCUGCGGCAGGGCGCAGCGGGGUAAGGACAUGCUGUGCUUCCUGCACCAGCCCGUGGAGGAGCUGAGGACGAAGCAGGAUCCCAGCCUCGUUGACACGCUGUGCACCGACUCCUACCUGGACGUGCACAAAACUGCCCGCUGGUUCUACCAGCUGGUGAGAGCAGUCUGGCCGGCUUUGCUUCAGUCCCACAGUUGGCAUUUAGUGCUGCUGCCCUGCAGACGCUCCUGCCAAUUCCAGGUGACCAACGGCAGGGAAAGCUUCCGCAUCGAGAUGCUCUUUGGGGUGAGACAAGGCGACUCGGACGUGUUUGUGAGCAGCGAGCCUCGAGAAGCCUAUACCUCAAGCACAGUGUGGCCGGAGAGCUACGCCGUGGCAGAGAUGAAGUUCUUCAAGUACAUCGCCAGGCGGGCCCCCUAUGACAGCUUGCACCUCAAAUGCCUGCAGUUCUUCACCCGUCUGCAGCUGGGCUUGGGCUUUUCCACCUACACCAUCAAGACUAUUGUCAUGCACCUCCUGAGCAUCAUACCAGUAUCAGAGUGGCGCAGGAGACAUUUUGUGAGGCGAGUGCUGGACAUCAGCGAGAGCCUUCGCACAUGUGUGGAAGUGAGAUGCCUUUAUCACUUCAUUGUGGGCAACCGGAGGCUUCCUGAGGGGAUCAGUUUGCCCCCAGAUGUUGAAAUGGCUGAGUAUUACAAUCUCUUCCAUGACCUGGAGAUGGAUCCCAUUGCCCACUCCCAGGCCAUGAGUCAGUACGUGGAUCUGUACCGGUGGCUCAAACGGAUCCUUAAUAUUGAGCAGUGA